AUGCCUGCGAAUCACAGUGUCAAAAAAGCCUUGUCUCUCAUCGAGAAUGGUGGCUCGCAGAUCUUAGGUUUGAAGGUUGGAAAGCACACCGUCCAGCCUGGACAGUAUAUCCCCAAAGCCGAGGCACAAUUACCUCCCGAGCUGUCUUUCACGGCACCUUCGCUUAACGGCACAUAUAUGGUCGUCAGUCUUGAUAUUGACGCCCCGUUCCCCUCCUGGGGUGUGCUCGGUCCGAUCCUGCACUGGAUUCAGCCCGGUCUGCAGCCAGUUUCCAGCAACCAGGAUACAUUCACUUUUAGAGCCACUGCCCCGUUCGUCGCCAAUUACAUCGGGCCGGCCCCUCCGCCGGGCAGCUCUCCGCAUCGGUACGCCUUCUUCCUUUAUGAACAGCCUCCGGGGUUCGAUGGCAAGAAGUAUGCUCCUUCAAAUGGACAAAACCUGGGGAACUGGAACCGCAUGCGCUAUGAUCUCGGUGCGUGGGAGAAGGAGAUCAAGUUGGGCCCGGUAUUGGCGGCCAACUACUUUGUGAGCAAUUGA